CACAGGUCAUACCCCAAAGCUUCUUUCCUGAUGACAUUUGAGUUCUGAGUUCUGUUUCUCUUGCACGUGGCAUACUUGUUGCAAGAAAGAAUGUCAGCCAGUUUUUAUUAAUGGAGGGCCACUUGUUAUCACCAGCAUGCACAUGAAAUGGAAAGAGAACAAACAACUUCUGUUUCAACCUUACAAGAUGCUGCAUGAACUGUAUAAAGAAGUUUAAGUGACUUCUCUACGUGAUCAAAAUGGUGGACACUGAAAACCAGCUCUAUCCCCUUACUCCUUUGGAGGAGGGUGAUAUAGGCAGCCCUUUAUCUGGAGAGUUCCUACAAGAUAUGGAGAACAUUCAAGACCUCUCUCAGUCUCUAGGUGAUGACAGCUCUGGAGCUUUAAGUUUAACAGAGUUCCAGUCACUGGGAAAUGGUCCAGGAUCUGAUGGAUCAGUUAAAACAGACACCCUUUCACCAGCAUCCAGUCCUUCAUCCAUUAAUUUUGCCACAGCUCCAGGUAGCAUAGAUGAAUCACCCAGUGGAGCAUUAAACAUUGAAUGUAGAAUUUGUGGGGAUAAAGCCUCAGGCUACCAUUAUGGAGUACAUGCUUGUGAAGGUUGUAAGGGUUUCUUUAGAAGAACGAUUCGUUUAAAGCUUGUCUAUGACAAAUGUGAUCGCAGCUGCAAAAUCCAGAAAAAAAAUAGGAAUAAGUGCCAAUACUGUCGGUUUCAGAAGUGCCUUUCAGUUGGAAUGUCACAUAAUGCAAUCCGCUUUGGACGAAUGCCCAGGUCUGAGAAGGCCAAGCUGAAAGCAGAAAUUCUCACAGGUGAAAAUUGUGUAGAAGAUUCAGAAAUGGCAGAUCUUAAAUCCCUUGCCAAAAGAAUCCAUGAUGCUUACCUGAAAAACUUCAAUAUGAACAAGGUGAAAGCCAGAAUCAUCCUUGCGGGGAAAACUAAUAACAACCCACCAUUUGUUAUACAUGAUAUGGACACCCUGUGUAUGGCAGAGAAGACCCUGGUGGCAAAAUUGGUAGCCAAUGGAAUUCAGAACAAGGAAGCAGAGGUUCGGAUUUUCCACUGCUGCCAGUGUACGUCUGUAGAGACUGUCACAGAACUCACUGAGUUUGCCAAAUCUAUCCCUGGCUUCUCCACCCUUGAUUUGAAUGAUCAAGUGACACUGUUAAAAUAUGGAGUUUAUGAAGCCAUAUUUGCCAUGUUAGCCUCUGUGAUGAACAAGGAUGGGAUGCUGGUUGCCUAUGGGAAUGGCUUUAUAACACGGGAGUUCCUGAAAAGCCUAAGGAAGCCUUUUUGUGACAUCAUGGAGCCCAAAUUUGACUUUGCAAUGAAAUUCAAUGCACUGGAACUGGAUGACAGUGACAUCUCCCUGUUUGUUGCUGCCAUCAUCUGCUGUGGAGAUCGGCCUGGACUUGUCAAUGUGGGCCACAUAGAGAAAAUGCAGGAGAGCAUUGUGCACGUCCUGAAACUUCACCUGCAAAGCAACCACCCUGAUGACAUCUUCCUCUUCCCCAAACUCCUCCAAAAAAUGGCUGACCUCCGACAACUUGUCACAGAGCAUGCUCAGCUGGUGCAGAUCAUUAAGAAGACUGAAUCUGAUGCACACUUGCACCCUUUGCUACAGGAAAUAUACAGGGAUAUGUAUUAAGGAUUGUUAGUCUAUUUUUUUUCCACACUAUUUAAGGACAAGAGCAAUACUAAUCAUGGGAGCAAAACUACUGGCAGAGUUAUCUGCUGCUCACUCAGCACACAGCCUGAGAAGUCUAAAAGCUGAGUAACUGAAGUGUUGCACCACUUCUGGUUUGGGAUCUUUUGUCUGCUUGUGAAAGAACUCUGCAGAAAAAUACUGAUGAUAGUGCUCAUGGAGUAUCUUACAAUGGUUAUUUGAUUUGGCAAGUUGGAGGUUGGUAAGGAAUUCAUCUUUGGAGAAUAAAUCAGAAUGUUAAGUACCAGAAGUGAACAAAA